ACAACUUUAAGAAACACCUUCUUGGGUAUUUGUGGCUCAUGUUGGCAUAUCACAGAACAUGUGAGAUAAAAAGAAAUCUGAGAAACUUUGUACAACUCAUUGUUUACCAAAAAUGUGUGUCCAUGGAACCUUCUAUCCUAAAAUUGCUUAUCAAAAGCUCAGGGCUCCAGUGGGUUGAGGGACACACUGUGAACAAUGUCUAUCUAAAGCAUACAUUAAAUGGAAAAAAAACCUUCCUAACUCAAAACACUGGCUUAAUUUUUUAAUGUUUUCUGACUUGCGAAAUAUAAUUAAAUCGCACUUUUAACACUGCAUCAACUUCUUUUGUUCUAAGGAAAGCGAAGCACUUCAGCUACAGCUUUCUUUUUCUCAAAUGACUAGAUUCCCAGCAAAGAAGAAAUCUAUGCCACACUCAGUAUUAUUCAUAGGAAAUAUGAACUGUCAAGUCCGUGGUAGGGCUUGAUCUUUUUUAUUUAUUCCUUUUAUUAUCGAUGACAUCUACUGGCAGAGUAUACGUGGCCUUUCAACCUUACCUUGCCUUGUAAAUUAAACAGGAGUGCUAGACUAGGAUGGCUUAAUUCUCUAUGCUCUUACUAGUAUCUGCCCCCUUGCUCAGAUAUUAUCAUUUACUGCCAGUUGUUAAUAAAAUCAGUUAUUCAUUCACAUUCCAAGAAAUCUUUGCUGAGUGCCUGCUCUAUUCCAGGCACUUUUCUAACAUCAGGUGUAUGUACAGUGUGAAGGAAAAUCACAAGCAUGUAAACUUACAACCUAGUGGGGAAGAUAACCAAUGAACACAUUAUAUUAACAAUACAAUCUCAAACAGGGCUAAGUGCUAGGAUGAAAUCAAAAUAGUAAACCAAGGAUUUUUUUCCUCUUAGGUGAGGUGAACAUUUACAGAUUGGUAAUCAGGGAAGGCUUCUCUGUGGAGGAGACUUCUGAACUGAGAACCAGAUGGUGAAGAGCCGGCUGAUUUUUCUGGAUCCUCAUAAACAGGCACAAAGGCAACUAGAGAAGUCUGGCGUAUGCUAGGCCUCUUUCCAUUGAUUUAGUUUUCAAAAGUGAUUUUCCAUUUUAAAAAUGGAAUUUCUCAUCCAGUAAUGGGACUCCUAGACUUAAGUAUGUGCUUUGGCUGGCAAAAUUAAAUUUCCUAAUUCAAAUGUUUUCCCUAAAAUGUGGGUUCAUUUUAAUUUCUCAAGAAGGACUGCUGUUUGCCAAGUGGGCAGCUGAAGCUCUUCUCUGUUUCUACCCUUCUGGAGAAUGAUUUUUCUAAGUGGUAUACAUUUGCCCUUGUAAAGAAUCAGAGCAAUUUGAAUGAAGAAUUGCUAUUAAAUGCUGGUUAUCUGAAGAGCUUUGCAGUUAUACAAGUGUUGUGGGGAAGUUCAGUUCAGAGUCAAAACCCAUCUCAGUGCUUUUAAGAUUCCACCAGUUUGGCUUCUAUCAUUCUAAGCUACCCAAUAGUCCCCCCACCCUUAUUAUGACUAUUAACUCAUUUUUAUCUAAACUGAUUUCCUCUUAGAUGAAAUGAUACUGUUAGUUUAUCUUCAGAAACAAAUUGCAAGUUGAACAGUCACAAAUUUAAGAAUUUAACAACCACCCAUAUGGAUUAUAGAACUCCUAUAAUAACAAAUAUAUUUUGGCAAUAAACAGAACAAGUCACCUAGCUCAUUUCUAAAAUUCAACAUUCCCUGCCCCCCCCAACCUUUUUUUUAAGACAGGAGGGUGACUCUAGUCACCAAUUGCUCAAAAACACAGGCUGCAGAGAACAAGGAUUUGGAUUAGCAAACUUGAACCCUAUGGAACUCUUUCUUCUUUCUUCUUCCUGGCACAAUUGGGCUGGGAGGAAACCCCUAAUAACAUUAAGAAUAGUUCCCCUUAGCCCUCCUCCCAUCCUAUUGCACCCCACCCUACCAGUCAGAAGCGGAAGUCUUAUGAAGAGGUUUUGAGGAGAACAUCCUCUUCUGGUUUCUUCUGUUCCAAUGGGCUUGCCGAACACCUCCUUGACCUGGGACACAGGCAGAGUUCAAACCAAGUCUAUGUUUAUGUUGUCAGGAUGCUGGUCUCCCUUUUCUAGAAGAUUCCUGACUGUGCCCUCUCUGCUUAAAUAUUGUAGAGGCGCCUAGUGUUCUCUCGUAUGGUAACCAAGGUGUGAGAGAUUGGCUGACCUUUGAUUUUGGCAAUCUCUUCAAUCGUAUGCAGGGCCAGACCUGGAUGGGAAAACCGGCAAAACCUUUUAGAAAACCCCCGAGGGAGGAAGUAGGGAGAAUCGGUUUCCACGAUGAUUCUCUCCAGCGGGAUCUUUUUCGCAGCAUCCCGGGCCUCCCAGGCAGAAGGAUCUACUUCCGGGCGUCAAAGCACUUCCGGGCGUCAAACCACUUCCGUUGACUAUAAAGCGGUUCCAUUUGGUUUGGAAUAUGAGGCCCUCGAGAGAUAUCAGAGCCCUCCAAAAGACUACAAGGUAUUAUCAUUUGAUGCCUAUUUAGAAGAUGAAGUGCCUGAUAAAAGUCAAGAAAACUAUAGAAUAAGACGCUAUAAAAUCUACUUCUACCUUGAAGAUGACACAAUUGAAGUAAAUGAACCAGUGUUGAAAAAUAGUGGACUGCCUCAAGGACUUUUUAUCCGACGUCAUCGGAUUUCUCUCCCACCUCCUGAUGACGAUCGGUUUUAUACUGUGUAUCAUUUUAAUGUCAACACCGACAUUGUCUUUUAUGGUCGAACAUUCAAGAUUUAUGACUGUGAUGCAUUCACAAGAAGCUUCUUGAGGAAAAUAGGAGUCAAAUUAAAUCCCCCAAGACAAUGUCCGGAAGAUCCUUACAUGAAAACACGGAGAGAGAAGCUAGACUACAUGGGGCCCUUACGUCCCUAUCAGUCCUUCGACACUCUGAAACAGUUCCUCGAGUAUGAUAGGAAGGUCUUGCGUUUCUUCUGCGUGUGGGACGACUCAUGCUCAUUGUUUGGGGAUCGUAGAGAACUCAUCCUGCAUUACUUUCUGUCUGAUGAUACUGUGGAGAUCAAAGAAGUCUUGCCACAUAACUCAGGAAGAGAUGCUAUGUCAUUGUUUCUCCAGAGGAGAAAGCUGCCUAAGUAUGGCCCCCCUGGAGUCUUUCAACCAGGCCAGUUAACAGACCAGACAGUUCUCAAUGUGUAUGGUGGCUACUCAGAGAACCGAGUGUAUGGCUACCUGUUGGAUAAAUACAACCUAGGAAAAUUAGACCAAGAGUUUUACAAAGAUACUGACCUGUCCAUAGGAACCACCAUCAACGUGUGGGGAAGGAAAGUGCUCCUUUGUGACUGUGAUGAUUUCACGAAAACUUAUUAUAGGACUAAAUAUGGAAUUGAGAACUUUACCUCGAUUCCGUGCAAGGCCCCACCUCCUCCAACAAUAGAAAGGAAAUUUCCACCUUACACCGGCUUUGGUUCUGAAGAGGAUUCUCUUCGGUCCUGCAUAGGCCUUAUGCCCACACCUCAUCAGAGGAACUUCAAGAAGUUCAUGGAAUUUGACAGCUAUGGCAACAUAAGCAAUACACUCCGGUUUUUUGCAAAACUAAUCACACACAAAUGUGCUGAUGUGGAAAGGAUGUUUGUUAUUUCAUAUUUUCUCAGUGAUGACACAAUUUCAGUGUUUGAACCCAUAGAGAGGAAUUCAGGGUAUACUGGAGGGAUGUUCUUAAAGAGAGUUCGUGUUAAGAAGCCUGGACAAGAAGUCUUUAAAAGUGAAUUCUCGGAAUAUAUCAAGGCUGAGGAGCUGUAUGUUGGAGCCAAAGUGAAUGUGAAUGGCUACCUCUUUCUUUUGGUCAAUGCUGAUGAGUAUACCUUGAAUUACAUGGAAAGGAAUUCAGAUAAGUUUCCCCUGAGCAACAUUGAACUUGCCCUACAAAAGUUAAAAGAAGAAGAACCCAAAUCCAGAGAGCUCAAGCAGGUGUUUAUAGCUGCUGAUUGUAUGCACACAACGAUGGUGGAUUUUAAUACAUUCAGAGAAAUAAUGAUGAAUCUAACUGUCGGGAAACUCACAGACCAAGAAGUUAUAACCAUUGCACGUCAUUACCGGGUGCCUGAGGACCCGUGUCCAGAUAGGAAUGUCCUACUUGCACAAGCCCAUCAACAACUCAAGAAAAAUGCUUUUGAGAAUUUUGAAAGACUCAUUGCUAUGUGUGUAUACCAAGAUCGGGAAAAGAAAAAAGUGUUACCCAGCAAAGACAUCAAAAGGCUGUGCAAGUCCUCCAGAUUACCUUUGAAUGAAGAUCUUCUAGGAUCCUUACUGUCCAGGUUUGAAGACAGUGAAAAGCAAAUAAAUUACGAGUCAUUUUUCUGUGCCCUGAACUGGAGAGUGAAUCCAGUGCCUGAAUUGGAAGUGGUAUCAUACAUUAAAGAGAGAUGUGAAGAUGAGUGGCUUGGGAUGCCAUCACCUAUUCCUGUGAAAGGCAUUUACUAUUUAAACCUUUUAAAGGAUGUGUUUGGCUUAGAGGAGGAGUAACCUUGCAGUUUUGGUUAACUUCCUUUGAUUUCCUGAUUUCCUGCUUUAAUUUUUGCCAAGUUUAUUUCAGUAGAUAUAAUUCCAUUAAAAACAAGAGAGACAAGGUUCAUGUUGAAUUAAAAUCCAUAUUCCAAAAUUAAUCUCCUUUUGUCAUCUCAGGUUUUCUGAACCUCAUAUUGCUGAUGUACCUGCACUAUUAAAAAUGCCAUUUAAAGAAACAGUGAGCAUUUUUAUUAUAUGUGUGAUUUAUUGAUACCAAGAAUCUUGCAGUAAUUUUCUAUCCAAUGUAAUUUGAUUCAUUAUAGCACAAAAAGAAAAUGACUUUUGACAGCUAUAUAAGACAAUAUAAAAUCAAGUUAUAUCAGAACAAUAAGUUGUGAUUCUAUUAAACAUUUUUUUGAAAUCUUUUUGACAGACACUUAUUACUUACAUAAUUAAACUUUUUAGCAACUCAGCUUUUCAAAAUAAUCCUUAAACCUCUGUAGACUGAAGGUAUUAAUUUUUUCUGAAAUUA